AUGUGAGAUCAGAUAUGGAAGGUUUAAUCCAAGGAGCUGAAGAUGGAAAACCAAUGUCUCCAACCGUUAGAACUGAAGACUCCGAGUUUCAGACUAUGGAAGGUUUAAUCAAAGGAGCUGAAGAUGGAAACCCCAUGUCUCCAACUGUUAGAACUGAAGAAUCCGAGUUUAAGACUCCAACUGCCGCUGAGUCGCAGACUGAAAUGGAAACUCCAUCAAUAUUCCUGAACACUCCAAGUGCGGUGUACUCGCAACCAGAAAAUGCACCUACAUCUAUGAACAUAGAUGAGGAAGAGGAUCCAGAUAACGUACAAGUACCUAAACUUGUUAAGAGAAAGAAAAAUGUUCCCCUCAAGUUACUGUCACCCUUCUUAACUCAGUAUUCACACCUACUGGUUGGGGAAGAACAGUUGAAUCAAAAGGAAAAGGACAUGCGAUGCGUACUGGAUUAUGCCUUUGGAAAGGGAAGCCCAACUCAGGUGUUGUACACUGAUGAUUGGAAUAUAGUUACCAGAGAAGAGUUUCAAACCCUAGCUCCCAAUGUGUGGGUGAUGAAUAAUGUUAUUGACACUUUUGCAAGAAUACUGAAUGAUGAUCCAGAUCAAAGUGUCAAGAGUAACUUGAAGUUCUAUUUCUCUACAAUCCCUUUCAAUAUGCUCUGCCAGAAUGAACCGUAUGGUGGAUCACAGGAUAGUCAAGCAACCGAAAGCAAACGCUUAGAAAAUUUUAUUUUAAGUGUACGCCAUGAGUAUGAAACUGCUGGUGUGAAGUCUUUGAAGGGAUUCCAUCUGUUGUUCUUUCCAGUCUGGUCUGGUGAUCAUUUUUAUCUCAUUGUAAUCAACCAAAAGGCGAAGAAGGUGGAGAUCAUUGACAAUCUCUCCUUACCUGAAGGAAUUACAUAUGAUGAUAAAUAUAAAACAUUUGCAGAAAGAACUGUAAUUUGA